CGAAAUUACUUAAAAAAAAAAAAGUGUUAUUGUUAUUGUGACGAAGACGAACGCGGCAGCAAGGGGAGUGACGCGCAACCGCAGCGCGUGCGGAACUCCGUUGCCCUUUUCCUUCUCUCUCUCUCUUGCAGUAGCAUGACCACAUCUCUCUGAAAAUCAAUCACACGCAAAAGAAAGAGAGAGAGAGAGAGAAGGGCGUACGCAGCACGGCACAAUCGCUGUUUAAAGGCAGAGAAGAAUCGGAUAAUAAUUAUUGGUUUGGUUAGGGUUAGGGUUAGGGUUAGGGUUAGGGAGAUGGGCGAGUUGACUCAGGCGGAGGUGUACUCGCCGAGGACUCAGCAGGUGUGGAGGGCACUGUUGAGUUGGUUGGCCUUCUUCUUUCAGAUCUUCUAUCAGAUUAUAAGAGCCUUAGGUCACUACCCUUUACUCUCUUCUUCCGCUUCCUCUUCUUCUUCCUUCAAGCCUCUUCCGUCGGUUGAGCUUGUCGACCACGAUUCGCCGCCUCCCUCCGCUGUUCAAAUCUCACCCCUUCAUUAUUCCCCCGCCGAUCAUCGUCCUCUUCAGAAACUCACGGUGGUGCUGGACUUGGAUGAAACACUGGUAUGUGCAUAUGAGACAUCAAGUUUGCCAGCUGCUCUACGGACUCAAGCAAUUGAAGGUGGUUUGAAUUGGUUUGAGCUGGAAUGUGUAUCGAUAGACAAGGAAGGAGAAGCCAAACCAAAAAUCAAUUAUGUUACAGUAUUUGAACGCCCUGGGUUGAAGGAAUUCUUAAAAAAACUCAGUGAAUUUGCUGAAUUGGUGCUGUUUACUGCUGGUCUUGAAGGCUAUGCUAGACCCCUUGUUGACAGAAUAGAUGUGGAAAAUCGAUUCAGUCUACGACUUUAUCGGCCCUCAACAAUUAGCACGGAAUAUCGGGAACAUGUUAAGGAUCUCACCUGUAUCUCAAAGGAUCUUUGCCGCAUUGUUAUUGUAGACAAUAAUCCCUUUAGCUUUGUAUUGCAACCAGUGAAUGGAAUUCCUUGCAUUCCAUUUUCCGCUGGACAACCUCAUGACACACAGCUUCUAGAUGUCAUUCUUCCACUUCUUAAGCAACUUUCUGAGCAGAAUGAUGUUAGGCCUGUGCUCUAUGAAAAGUUCCACAUGCCUGAUUGGUUCCAGAAACAAGGGAUUCCAGCUUCCAGUUGGACAUUGUAGGAUUAAAAUAAUUUGCCAUUAAGCUCUGUUUUUUUUGGGUGAAAAUUCUUAGUUAUUUUGCUGGAAGGGCAGCUGCUGAUUGGUUGAAAUAGUUUUUUUGUAUAGCAUCAAUUUGUUUAUGGAUCACCCAAAGGUUUCAAAUGCUGCUUCUUGAAGUCAAAUCAGUUCUCGACUUGUGUAUGUAGAUUGCCAGAAUUCUGAUUCUUGUUUAUAGGCUUGCAGUCUGUUGGAAAGUAUCUCCUAGUAUAUUGUAAAAUUAUCAUCAAUAAUUAACCGUUUAAACAUUCAUUACAUUGCAAAGUUUGUUGUGACCAGUGUUAGUGAAGCAUGUAAAAUAAAUAAAGCUAAUUAAAUUACAAUAA